GACUCCUAAAAUGAAACCCAAAAAUCAUCCAAAAAAUCAAAAUCAACCCCUUCUACUCUAUUUUUACUCUCUAUAUAUACCCCAAAUAAAAAAUUAAUAAUAAUAAGACACUCAAUCUGCAGAGAGCCCUUCGAUCUUCCACUUUUUUUUUUUUUUUCACCGUUGAUCCUCCAAGUACCUAAGACAGCUGUUGAUUUCUGUAGGUUGGAAAGCAAAGGACCGAAAGCUUUUCUUAUCUGAAGUGUGGGCCAUCUUGCUGAAGAAUAUGAUAAGGCGUGAAGGGGAAUGGAUAACCAGAGAAGGUGCAGACCGAUUGCAGAGUCGGGCUGCAGCAAGCAGCAGUGUAAAGGCGCAGGAGCAGGGGGGGCGCAGAGCAAGGUCAGGCGCAGGAGCAAGGGGUCAUAGAGGAACGGUGCAGUAAAAGGGGGGCGAGACUUUCUAUUUUUGUCUUCUGUUCUGUCGGUCCUCUCCCCUUCUUCCUACUGCAUUUCCCAUUUUAAAAGAGAGAGAAGACUAGGUUUUUUUGUUGGGUUUGGACUAAAAUUGGGUUUGGUUU